GGUUAUUUCGGGUGUAUAUCGACGGCGAGGGGGGUGGGCAAGAACUUUGUUUAGAGCAAGCAUCACUGCAGCAACGGCCCGGAUAUAUGGACCGCCUGAUAGCAUUAUUGCUGUGAUAGGCACAUAGAUUUGGAGACACAGCGGGAGCAUGCGUCCAGCUCGGAGCCGGAGCGGAGCAAUCAACUGCACGUGUGCAGGUACAGCUACUAUAUGUACUCUAAAGUAUGGAGAUAUAUAUUAGAACAACGGGAGAGGGAAGGAAACCCGAACACACGCACGAACACACGAACGCACGCAGGCAAGCACGCGUAUCUUUCCCUCCCUCCCUCCCGCGCCCCACACAAUGUCUCGGUAGAUGGAGAUGGACACUCCUCCUCCUACACUGGCUGCAAAUGGGAGUUUGGAUCUCCAACGUACCUUUGAUACGCGGCUGCGGAUCGUAUCUGGGACGGUGCAUGGGCAUGGGCUUGGGCGUGGGCGUGGACGUGGGCAUGGGCUUCCGCUCUGUGGGCGUGCGAGAGACCUUCUAUAGUACCUACAUAGAUCCUCCCGAGGCAAGAAUCAGAAUCAGAGCCGGAAGUGCAGUUUCGAAGUCCGUUGCGACACGGGACCCAGGGGUGCACCUGGGGGAUCUGGAGGCAGGUGGAGAAAACGAAACAUUCGACAUUCAGUCUGGCCAGGGGGGUAGAGUAACUACUCGAUACAUAGUCAGCUCAUGGGGGUGAUGGCGGUGGUAGGCCUCGCUUGGGAUACGGCCGACCGGACAGUCGGCAUUACGGGGUGAAUCCAGUGAUGGUGGAUUGAGAUUGAUGGCAGCAGGGAGGGAUGU